AUGGCUCCGUUGCCGAGAUAUUUUCUCAAGUUGUCACGGCAAUGCAGACACUGUCCCGCUUGUUUGCAUCGCGGAUUUUCGACAACUCCACCGAUCGACGAUCGGAACGUUCGGAAGGACGGAGCGGAGAAUGCCGAGGACCAAAGCGGCAAUCUGAAGAGGGACAACGACGGUACGAAGUCCGGUGUGAAAGUGUGCAUCGUCGGUGGCGGAGUAACGCCUCUUUAUACCGCGGUGCUAUUGAAGCAAUAUCGAAUUGUCAAGAGCAUAAAUCUGGUGGACACGGAGGGCUCCACGUCAACAAUGGAAACUAUGACAGACGCGUUUCAUCAAGAAACUGGUCCCCGCAUCAAUUAUUUUGGGAAAAAGAACACAAAACAGGCGUUCAAGGAAAUGGACAUCGUCGCGCUCAUGAACGAGACCGACGCCGACGAUAGGGAUGCGGCGCCGCGCGAGCAAUUUCAAUUGUCGGUCGACCACGUGCGCCACAUGGCGGACCAGAUGUUGCGGUUCUGCCCGGGCGCGCUCAUAGCGGUGUUCGCGCGACCCGUCACCGCCACGCUCGCGAUGAUCUCGGAGAUGUUCAAGUCUUCAGGAUGCUGGAAUGCCGACAGGAUCGUCGGCUGCACGGCCGCGUACGGGGCGCGGAUCGAAGAUACGGCGGCGACCCUCUUGAAGUUGGAGCGCGCGAGUCUGUCGGUGCCGCUCGCCGGCGGCGCCGACGAGCGCACCGUCGUGCCUCUCUUGUCGCGCGUUGUUCCCUACAAUCAGUUCACAAAUGCGCAAUGUCAGAGCCUGUUGCAGUCAUUUCGGACGGACGGGAACGAGGAAAUGACGAAGACCUCAUCUGGAUAUCGUCGGUCGUUGUCAUCCGGAACGGCCGCUGCGAAGCUAAUAACCGCCCUCGCCGGUGGUCUUUGCGGACACGAUAACGUUAUCACUUGCGCCUACGUGCGAUCCAACGUCCUGCCGGUCUGCCGAUAUUUUACCAGCGAGUUACAGCUGGGCACGAACGGCGUGAAGAGGAAUUUCGGCUUGCCGAAAAUUUCGCCUGGCGAAAUUGCAUUAAUUGAACAGGUGAUACCGCUUAUCAACGAGUACGUCGAUAUGGCGGUCGCGGCGGUGCGAACCAAGCAAAUACGAAUAAAGACGCAAUAAACUAUUUUCUGAAAAUCGUCUUCCGUCU